AUGGAUGUAAGCCCCAGUGCAACCGAAACAGACGAACCCAGCGGUCGAUCAGUCGAGAAGCCGCGCGACACUGUCGAAGAUGGAGUGCCAGUGACACUGACAGAGGCCGAUGAGGCCCAACGACUGAGCGCCGAAGAGUGGAAGAUUCCGAAGCAUGAGCUCUUCAUCAUACUCUCACUAAUGAUCAUCAACAUGGUUGUCGCCCUGGAUGCAUCUGUGAUAGUCACGGCUCUGAGCUCAAUGAUUUACGACGUUGGAGGAGACACGACCCAAGGGUUCUGGAUCGGCACGGCGUAUUUGCUCGCGUCGACGGUCGUCAUGCCUCCAAUGGCCAGUGUGAGCGAGAUAUUUGGCCGACCCGUGUGUCUCAUGGCGUCGUUGGUGCUCUUCUCCAUCGGCAGCAUUCUGUGCUGUGCGGCACAUAACGUUGCUACACUGCUGGGAGGGAGAGCAGUGCAAGGCAUUGGAGGAGGUGGCAUCUGGGUCGUGUCUCUCCUCCUUUUGACAGAUAUAGUUCCUCUUCGCCAUCGCCCAAAGUGGUGGUCCGUCAUAUCUCUCGGGUGGGCAGUCGGCCUGGUAAUUGGACCAUUGAUAGGCGGCGCGAUCGGACAGAAUACAACGUGGCGCUGGGUCUUCUACCUCAACUUCCCUUUCUGCGCGUUCGGCUUGAUCGUCACCCCAGUAUUGUUGACCAUCCGACCAAGAGUUGAGUCAACCCGCCAAAAGCUAGCCCGUGUUGACUGGGUUGGUGGAGCACUUUUCACAGCAUCGCUCACGAUCUUUUUGUUCGCUUUGACGGCUGGUGGCACCCAAUAUUCUUGGAGUAGCGCGCGGAUCGUUGCACCCCUCGUGGUUGGGUCUGUAGGGCUAGUUGCUACAGGACUUUGGGAGGAGUUUGGUGCCAGGGAGCCCAUCCUGAAAAGGAGUCUUUUUCACAGUUGGAGUUCCCUGAUCACGUAUUUCGGAGGCUUUGUGCAAGGGCUGGUUAUGUAUGGUCAGCUCUAUUACGUUCCAUUCUUUGCAUUAUCGGUCAAGCAGGUGUCUCCCAUCAGGGCUGGCGUGAUACUGCUACCUGUAAUGCUAAUCCUCAUACCAAGUGGAGCAGUGGCAGGGAUCAUCAUUAGUAGAUUCAACGACUAUCGCUGGACGAUAUGGAUAGGUUGGUUUCUGGCAACUUUAUCAAGUGGACUAGAGCUGCUAUGGGAUGUUGAAGUGUCCGAUGCAGUCUGUUUCGUCACCUUGAUCAUUUUGGGGUUGGGACAUGGCCUGGUGCUCAACGCGCAGACUUUCGCAUGUCAGGCUUUGGCCAAACCUGGAGAUGUUGCGGCGGCAGCUGCUACAUAUGGGUUUUCGAGACAAUUUGGGACAGCAGUCGGCGUCAGUAUUGGAAGCACAACCUUCCAAAAUGUCAUGGCUCUCAAAUUACGUUGGCAAGGCCUCCCAGUCGGCAUAGCGUACAACGCAGAGGGAUACAUUCCUGAGCUGAAAUCCCUGCCAAACGAUGAUCCUCUGAAGGGAAAGAUACUAGAUUCUUAUGUCUUUGGGUUUCUGGGGGUCUGGCAGGUCUUCCUGGGAAUAUCUGGCUUUGUCUUCUUGCUGAGUUUUAUUGUUCGAUCGUCGAAUCUGAACAAGGAACUCGAGUCUGAUCAUAAACUUGAAGGAAGCCGUGUGAUACGGCGUUUGGAUAGGGCAAGAUAA